UCUCAACUCAAACCAUUUCAACUGCUUAAUCUGCUAAAUCCUAGUGAGGUUGAACUUCAGAGCUUUUCUGGUGAGCACACAUCAACCAUUUUGUAGUAUAAAGCUCAAAGAAAUUCAGUGGCAUAAUCAAGUUGUAGCAGAAACUCCCACGUAGAUUCAAGAAUUUGAGGGGACAACCGUUUGAGUUAACAAAUUUGAUUUCUCACUGGAGCUAGCAGGCAGAGAGAAAGCAAAGUUCACAUAGAUGCUACAACAUAUUUCAGUUCUGACUAAUACUCCAUGGUGGCUAUCUCAAAAUGGUGCUUUCCCAGGCGUGGUUGUGUAUAAGAAGCCUCUGCGAUGGGCUCAUCCACUUCCGCUGAAGUUUGAUCAUAAAUAUAAUGUAACUGGUCCAGGAAGACAAGGAACCUUUCUUUGUACUGAAAGGAGGCAUCCCCAAGGUCGAAACUCUAAGAAACGUGAAGCUGUGCAGCAGAAUGUGGAUCUUCCCCUGGUCCUGCCCAAGCAAAAGAAGAAGCCGUAUCCUAUACCUUUGAAGAAAAUUCAGCAGGCUGCGAAGGCUGACAAGAAGUUGGCUGAGGUUGGAAUAGAAAAGAAGCUUGAACCCCCUAAGAAUGGAUUGCUUGUGCCUAGCCUAGUUCCCGCGGCUUACGAAUUGUUAGAUGAUUGGAAACUUUUCAUUAAAGGACUUGCACAACUGCUCCACUUUAUUCCUGUCCAUGCUUGUAGUGAAUGCUCACAAAUCCAUGUUGCUCAAAGUGGUCAUGAGAUUCAGGAUUGCCUUGGCCCAACCAACAGUAGUCGCAGAAGCUUCCACUCCUGGGUGACGGGAUCAAUUAAUGAUGUGCUAAUUCCUAUCGAGUCAUACCAUAUGUAUGAUCCUUUUGGCACACGCAUUAAGCAUGAGACACGAUUCAACUAUGACAGAAUUCCGGCAGUUGUAGAACUUUGCAUCCAAGCUGGUGUGGAUCUGCCAGGAUAUCCUUCACGGAGAAGGACUAAACCCAUCAGAAUGAUGGGAAAGAAAGUGAUCGACAUAGGUGGAUUAGUUGAGGAGCCUAGACCCACCGUAGACACAAAUUCGGCUAUUAUGGACCUUGAUACCCAUCGGUCUUUUGAACGUUUUGCUCCACCAUUGGAGUCAGAGGUGCCACGUAUUGCCCAGGAGACGAUUGAUGCAUAUGAGAAAGUGAAAUGGGGGGUGACAAAGUUGAUGAAGAAGUACACUGUCAAAGCUUGUGGUUACUGUUCGGAGGUUCAUGUGGGGCCUUGGGGUCACAAUGCUAAGCUCUGUGGCGAAUUUAAACACCAGUGGCGGGAUGGGAAACAUGGCUGGCAAGAUGCAACAGUGGAUGAGGUAUUUCCCCCUAAUUAUGUGUGGCAUGUUCAAGAUCCAAAAGGAACCCCAUUGAGGAGUGCACUGAAGAGGUUCUAUGGGAAGGCUCCAGCUGUGGUUGAAGUUUGUAUGCAGGCUGGUGCUCAAAUACCUCAAAAGUAUAAGCCUAUGAUGAGGCUAGACAUUGUGCUCCCUGAAAGUGAAGAAAGUCGCCUAGUCGCGUAAGGUUCCUUAAGUACAAGCCUAUGUUGAGGAUAUACAUUGUGCUCCCUGACAGUGAAGAGAGUCGCCUAGUCGCAUAAGGUUCCUUUACUAACUGUUCUACAUAGCUAAACGUACACAGUGUGUUAUAAAGAUGUAUAAAAGUCUGGAAAUGUAGCUUUCAUGAUAUUGUUCAUCUCUUCAUUGGGUGAGUAUCUAUUGAGGCUGCAGUCUUUGUUUUGCCUCUGUAAUGUGAGGAUCAGGGCACCCAUUUCAACUUAGAAAAUCAAUGUCCACAUAAUAUAAGUCCAAAAAGAUUCAAAAUUGGCAGGCAA